GCCCCUUCAGACCAACAGAACGACACGUUUCUGAAAUACAAAAGAAAUCCCGACUACUGCAAAUCAAACAUCACUCAAAAACAAGACAAGCACGAUUUUGCCAGCCUUCGAGGUUAGCAUUCCCGACUAUUCACAGAGCGACUGACUGAGGAAUUAAACAAGCAAAGUUGCGAAUGCUUAAUAUGCUGUGCCACAAUCGUCCGGACUGCGCGGAUAUGGAAUUGUGGCUCCUGUUAUAACGUCUACCACCUCUCCUGCAUUAAGGAAUGGGCUUUGUCCAGCAAGAAAGACACCUGGCCUUGUCCCUCCUGCAAAUUUGCUCACAUUAUCAUUCCCAAUACAUACAGGUGUAUUUAUAUAAUAUAUUCAGAUGUUUUUGUGGCAAUGUGAAGGAUCCAGUUUCGACAGACUGGACAGCACACAGUUGUGGCAAUAUUUGUGGGAGGGUUGGACUCUGCGGACACAAAUGUGUGCUCAGAUGUCACCCCGGGGCAUGUCCUCCCUGUCCAAUGUCCGUCCAAAUUCACUGCUUUUGUGGCAACACCAGCAAAUUCGAUCGUUGUUGGAGGCACAAUCACACCUUCUCCUGUCAAACUGGCAAAUGUGGCAAGAGAUUGAACUGCGGAGUGCACUACUGCCAGGAAAUAUGCCAUCCUGGUGACUGUCGUGACUGCACUGAGAAAAUGACAGUCGGUUUGUCAAUUUCUCUAAUCCCAGACUGUUUUUGCGGCCAGGAAAGCAGACAAUUGGAAUGUGCAUAUGACCAGUCUGGGUAUAGUUGUGAGGGAGUCUGUUCUCGGUAUUUAUCCUGUGGAGUGCACACCUGUUUGGAGAAGUGUCAUCCCCCCACAUGCCAAACAUGUCCUCUCCACAUUGAGAAUCUGAGGACAUGUGUCUGUGGACAAACCCCGAUAAAAGAACUGUUCAAUGCAAGGACAGGAGUGCUCGAAUGUCUCCCGACCUGUCAUAAAAUAUGUGGGAAGCCACUGAAAUGUGAUUCCAACCAUUUCUGUCAUUGGAUGUGUCAUUCUGGUGAGUGUCCUGACCACUGUGAGGAAGGAAUGUCCAGAAUUGUCUGUCGUUGUGGGAAAACAGUCCAAGACGUGUCCUGUCGUGAGGCAGUCGAGUCCUUCCAGUGUGGGACUGUCUGCAACACACGGAAAGACUGCAAAAGACACACCUGUCACGACAAAUGCUGCAAUUUAAGUACUAUUUAUAUAAGAGUAGUAAUCCACUAUUGCAAUGAAGUGUGUGGGCGACCACUGGCCUGUAAUAAUCACAAGUGCGAGGAAAAGUGCCACUCUGGCAAGUGCAAGAAGUGUCCUUAUUUGAGUAAGUGGGGUCAUUUAUUAGACACGGACGAACUGUUUUGUCACUGUGGGGGUACAGUCAUCCUCCCUCCUACUCCGUGUGGGACUCCUCCACCCACGUGCAGUCUCCCCUGCAGUCGUCCUCAGGAGUGUACUAUUCACCCGGCCAAUCACGACUGUCAUCCCAGUGGGGACUGCCCUCCCUGCAACCGUCGAAUAUCAGCAACCUGCUAUGGCGGACACAAGAGAAAAUCGUUCAGUUGUGGAGAUAAGUGUGGAAAACCAUUGAAGUGUGGCAUUCAUUUUUGUCAGUCUACGUGCCACCAGGUUGGCCAUGACUGAGUAUAAAAGGGGGAGUGUAGUGGAUGUACUCAACCAUGCACAGUGAGGAGGGUCGACUGUGGGCAUAUUUGUGGGAUUGUCUGUUCUAAACACACCAAAUGUUGUCCGGAGCCAUGCCCAAUGACAGUUCCACGUAUUAGUAAUGUGAAGAUUAAACUGUAUUGCAAAUGUGGAGUAAAGAUGGAGAAGACUGUGUGUAGUAACAGAACUAUUGACUGUGAUGACAGUUGUGUCAGACAGAGGCGUCUCAAUGCCUUUAAAGAUGUGUUUGGGACGCCUGAUUUGUCAUUCGAAUAUUCCUUCACCCAAUCGUGGAC